AUGGAAUCUAUAGACUCGAGUUGGGGACUUAACAAUGCCGAUUUACUUCAACAGAAUUCUAACUGUUCCAUUCUUCUUCAGAUAGCUACAUUAGGCUGGUUACAAGGAAGUGACGAGUCAAAAAAGCUCAUGGAGAACUUGACUCAGUUACGAGUGGGUUAUGAGCUAUGGCAGAGAGUCAGUGGUCAGCGAGAACUGGACGCAUUACGGAACCAGACAAUAUUGUCCAUCUGCAAGUAUGUCAAGGAUCAUCCAAAAGCCACUAAGGAUGUAUUAGCCAAGGAAGUUGCUCGACAGAUCCAGCAUUUCGCCGAAGAAGUAGAAAAGUUGUAGUUGUGCUAACUUGUGC